AAGAGUUUUUUUGGCUUGGUCUUUCCUCUCUGUUUCUCAGCUUCUUCCUCCAUCUUUCAAUUAAAAUCCCCAGGAAAAAAAGAAACAAAGGGGACAGUUGGAGUUAAAGGUUCUCUGAUCGAUCAUUAAAGGUGAAGCAAAGACUACUCAAAACAGAGAAAAAGAAAAACAGAGUUAAGUCAAGAGCUGGUCUGGUCUCAAUGGGGAACAUCUGUCAUGGCUCUGGAUCCUCCACUGUUCAACAGGAUCAGAGCCCUGUCUCCACCAAACCCCUCCCAGUGAGAUAUGGGCAACAUCCAGAGAAUAAAAAGUUUCCUCCGGCGCUAGUGGCGAUGCCAGCUUUAAAUCCCAAGUUUCCGAUUCCGGAAACAGGACAUAGAACGAGACCCGCCGCUACACCACCUCGUGAAAAGCCACAGCAUAGGACAAGAUCGGUUGAGAACCAACCUCGUGAAAAGCCGCAGGAGAAGACAAGAUCCGACGAUGAUCGGACGGCAGACAAGAAGGUAUUAGGUAUAGGAAAGAAGGCAGUGCCACCGAGCGGGAAGAUAGUGACGCCAGAUCUAAAGAUGUUUACAUUAGUUGAGCUGAAGACGGCGACCAAGAACUUCCGACCAGAAUCUGUGAUCGGAGAAGGUGGAUUCGGACAGGUGUUCAAAGGGUGGGUGGAUGAGAAGACCUUAGCUCCGUCUAGAGCCGGCGUCGGAAUACCAGUCGCCGUUAAGAAAUCAAACCCUGAUAGUGAGCAAGGUUUACAUGAAUGGCAGUGUGAAGUGAGAUUCUUAGGGAAAUUUCAUCAUCCAAAUUUGGUGAAGCUCUUGGGUUAUUGCUGGGAAGAGAAUCAGUUCCUUUUGGUGUAUGAGUAUUUGCCUAAAGGAAGCCUUGAGAAUCACCUCUUCGCAAGAGGAGCAGAGGCAUUGCCGUGGGACACACGUUUGAAGAUAGCCAUUGAAGCAGCUCAAGGACUUACCUUUUUGCAUAACUCGGAAAAGAGUGUCAUCUACAGAGACUUCAAGGCUUCCAACAUCCUUCUUGAUUCCAACUUCCACGCCAAACUGUCUGACUUCGGACUAGCUAAGCUUGGUCCAAUCAAUGGGUUCUCCCACGUAACCACACGUGUCAUGGGCACACAAGGCUACGCAGCUCCCGAAUACAUGGCUACAGGUCAUUUAUAUGUGCGGAGCGAUGUCUACGGGUUUGGUGUAGUACUACUAGAGCUCUUAACCGGUUUAAGAGCACUAGACCCAAACCGACCAUCUGCACAACAGAAUCUUGUGGAAUGGGCUAAACCGGUGCUGACCCAAAAGAAGAAGAUUCAGAAAAUGAUGGACCCAAGGCUCGAGCACAAGUAUCCACUUUUGGCUGUGGUCAAAACAGCCGAGCUCAUUCUACGGUGUCUCGAGGCUGAUCCGAAAAACAGACCGCCCAUGGAUGAUGUGCUCAGAGAACUAGAAAUCGUAAGGACUAUCAGAGACCAACCCAAAGAAGAGAGACGUAAACGGGGCAGUGGUUCUGAUACCAGUAACCGUGUUCGUGGCAUUGAUUCACCGCACGGCCGUAGAACCGCUCGAAGCGGGUAGUCAAAGAGUUCUUUUGGAUCAGUCAUAUACUGUAUACACACUAUACACAGACGAACCAGCUUUAAUAUUUUUUUUUUUCUGGUAGUAUGUAGUAUGUACUAGACUUUAGUGAAAUAUUUGUUGUACACUAUGAAGUCAAAAUGUAGUCAUAAUUUAUAUUUUGUCGAAAGAAAUAAACUAAAAAAGUUAUUUUUCCUUAA